AUGCAGCGGACCGCGACUAUGCCAGGGAGGUGCACAAAAAUGCUUCCCUGCCAUUCAUGGAAGUCUUCGUGGAUGCACCUUUGUCGGCGGUGGAGAGCAGAGAUCCUAAGGGCCUUUACAAGAAGCUCGGCUGAAGGGCUCCUGUUUUACUUGGCGCCACGCAAAAGGGUGCGGUGUUUCAAGUUUUCAGCCGACACGGUACUGUAG